AUGUUUGUGACACCUCCGAACAAGAGAUUACGCCGAAGGUUGCGCGAGCAAGUCGAUGCACACGACGAGACCAAACCCGGUAACGUGACCGCCAUGGAGUUACCUAAGUGUGAAGUUCUAGAUCGUGAACCCUGUGUCCCCACCACGUCACGAACCAAAGAGGAGAACAUUCACGACCAGCUCCAGAAGAAUGUUACACCGUACAAAUCCGUUACAGAAGGAUCGAGAGCAUCGUCGAGGUCAAAGAGGUCAACUGCGUCAUCAACCGCCAAGCGCAAACAAUUGGAACUAGAAGCUGCCGAAGCUAAGGCAAAAAUUCAAUUGCUGCUGAUAGAUAAACGCUUGGAAGCCGAUUUAGCCAAGAUUGAAGCUGAAGAAGAAGAGUCGGAUGAAGACAAGAGCACGACGACUAUUGAUGAUCACCGAAGGUCACAAGUGGAGGAGUGGCUGAACUACAGCCAGCAGGCGGGCCCCGCCGGCGCCACCAGCCGGCCGCCGUCGCCGCCUCCGCCACCCGCGUCUGCUCCGCCGGCCCCCGCGCCGGCCGCGCCCGCUGCAGGUGUCCCCGCCGCUGCACGCCACGCACCUGUCCAGCACCAGGAUCAAUCAUUGUCCAGCAUCAGACAACUAGCGCUGGAACUGAAGAAUAUGAUGGUAUCAUCACCAGCGCCCCCAGAUGAACGCCUCCUCAGUCGCUUAUCAACACCCCGUGACCUACCAAGCUUCGGUGGUGAUUGUAUUGAGUGGCUCCACUUCAAGACUGCGUAUGAUGAGUCUACCCGUGUGUGCCAGUUCAGUGACUCCGAGAAUUUGUGGAGAUUGCGCAAAGCACUUCGUGGUGAAGCUCUGGAAGCCGUCACCGACCUGCUGAUCGGCAACACACCGCCGGGAGUCGUCAUGGAGUCGCUACAAUUGAGCUGUGAUGCGCCUGUGUGCGACGUCGACGACUGCGGACUCGCACACCACCGUCUGCUGCACUGGAAGAAGCCCGGAUCAGCUGAUGACAUUGACCCGAGUUCAAUGUCACCGCCGCCGCCGCCGCCGCCGCCGAGAGAUACGGUGGCCCACGUCGCCUCCAGCAGUGACGUAUCCGCGACGUCAUCGGGUGACGUCAUGCUCAAAGUGGUUAAAGUGAAAUUGUGCGGUCCUAAUGGUGUUGUGUGUACCUAUGCGUUAUUAGAUGACGCUGCGUCAGUGUCACUCAUAGACUCCGAAUUAGCUAACCAGCUCGGACUCGAGGGGCAGCAGUCAAGUGCCGUUAAGUUCAUUGAUGCAUUCGGACUAGAGGUGUAUCAAUCAGACGCGCCCAAAAAUGAUGUAUGUAAUGAAAAUGUUGUUCCACGAUUGUUAAUUGGUGAAGAUAAUUACUUUCUUUUAGCACCUCUCGAUGUAAUCCAUGGUAACAAAGAUGAGCCGUAUGCAACGCGCUGCCGCUUAGGUUGGUCCAUUCACGGCUAUUGUGGUCGCUCUCACUACAAUACUCACUUUCAGAAGGACACCGGAUACGCCGAACACUACCGGAAGGAGGUGCACAAGUUGUUCGAGGACGGCUACGCGCGCGAACUCACGGAGGACGAGCUCGCCGCCGACCAAGUAUGGUAUCUCCCACAUUUCGGCGUCCAGAACCCCAAUAAACCGGGAAAACUGAGAUUGGUAUUCGACGCAGCCGGGAAAGUCAAAGGUACGUGCCUGAAUGAUUACCUACUCACGGGACCUGACUUGUACAACUCACUGCUCGGCAUUAUGUACAGAUUUCGAGAGAAUAAAGUCGUAAUAACCGGAGAUAUAAGGGAUAUGUUCCUCAGGAUAAAUAUUCGGUCUGAGGAUCAAAAUGUCUUGAGAUUUUUAUGGCAGGAGCCACCGCCACCGCCCGUCGCGGCCGCGCCCCCCGCGCCGCCCGCGCCGCCGGGCCCCCGGGCUCCCGCUAGUCCUACUCAAUCUCCACUAAAAAUAUGUACGAUGCAAAGUUUAAUAUUUGGUGCUACAUGCUCGCCUUUUAUAGCUCAAUAUAUUAAAAAUAAAAACGCAUUAAAAUACGAAGAUUUGUAUCCUGAAGCCGUACAAGCCAUAAUUAAAAAUCAUUACAUGGAUGAUUGUUUGUAUUCUUGUGACAGUGCGGAAACUGCAAUUAAUUUAGUAAAUCAAAUCACAACAAUUCAUAAACACGGAGGCUUCGAGAUAAGACGUUGGUCGAGCAACUGUAAACAAGUUUUAGAUAACAUUCCUUCAGAUGCGCUCGCACAGACUGCCAUACAAAUGAAAGACGGAGCUACGAACAUGAGUGAGCGCACAUUAGGAUUGAUAUGGCAUCCUGCGGAAGAUUGUUUCGCCUUUAAGGUAUCGUUUUCUCGCGUUUCUCAGGAAGUUCUAGACGGGACUACACCGCCUACUAAAGCUAAAAUGUUAGGACUUAUAAUGUCUAUUUAUGAUAUUCACGGGUUCUUAUCGCCGUUUAUUAUAAAAAGUAAAGUCAUAUUACAGGACGUGCAUCGUAGCGGUAUAGAUUGGAACUGCCACAUCCAAGCUAAAGAGUUUAGUAGUUGGUGUAAAUGGCUCGAUGAAUUAAAAUUGUUAGAAUCUAUACGUAUACCGCGUUGGUACUUAAGCGAUGAUAACUGGACUGAAUGUUAUUCAGUAACGGAGCCCGAAUUAUACGAUAAGAAGAUCGUAAAUAAUACUCAGAUGCAUAUUUUUUGCGACGCGUCUAUUAAAGCUUAUGCUACGGUCAUCUUUUGGCGUUUUACUCGGUUUGAUGGUCGAGUUAAGGUUUGUUUUGUAGGCAGUAAAUGUAGGGUGACCCCUCUUCGGCCUGUUUCAAUUCCACGAUUGGAAUUGCAGGCAGCGUUACUGGCCGCGCGACUCGCACAUACUGUACAGACUGAGCACAAGGACAUCCAGCCAAACCAGCGAUUCUUUUGGACAGACUCGAGCACCGUGCUGCAGUGGUUGCGCAGCGACCCGCGCAGCUACAAGCCGUACGUGGCGCACCGCCUGGGCGAGCUGGACGAGCUGGCCGCGCCCGCCGAGUGGCGCCACGUGCCCUCGCGGCUCAACGCGGCCGACGUAGCCACGCGCCCCGACGCGCUGCCGCUCGCCCUCACUGACGCGUGGUUCCAGGGACCCGCCUUCCUCCGCCGGCCGGAGGAAGAAUGGCCUAAGGACCUCAAGACAUGCAAGAUCGUAGACGAAGCCGCUUGCGAGGAGAGAAAUAUUAAUCUAGUCGUAUCACGUGACACUUCAGUCGCCCCAGAUGCGUUACGGCUACCUAACGAAAAUAAUAUUUCUAAGUGGACCACUCUAUUGCGAAGUACUGCACGAAUUUUAUUGUUAUUUAGAAGACCGAAGGAUGAUUAUUGCCUGGACGUAGAUUUAAUGCGGAAAGCUGAGACUUUAGUCAUACGCAAAUCGCAACAAGAUGCCUUUGGUCAAGAAAUCGAAUGUCUUCGGAACAAUAAACCUUUGCCAUCUAACAGUCGGCUGAUGAAACUGACUCCAUAUCUAGAUGACGACGGGAUACUUCGUGUAGAAGGUCGAAUCGACAAAGUGACAGGUGUGAGUACUUCGACCACGCGCCCCGCCAUCCUCGACGGCAAGCACCGCGUGGCGCAGCUGCUGGUGGAGCACGAGCACCGGCGCGCGCUGCACGGCGCCCACGAGCUCGUCGUGAACGAGCUGCGCCAGCGCUACUGGGUGGUGAAGCUGCGCAGCGCCGUGCGCGCCGCCGCCGCGCGCUGCCCGCUCUGCCGCCGCCGCCGCGCCGCGCCCGCCGCCCAGCGCAUGGGGCCACUGCCCGCAGCGCGCCUGCAGCACCACAGGCGACCUUUCAGCUGCACAGGGAUCGACUACUUUGGUCCAAUGGAGAUCACAGUAGGCCGCAAGAGACAGAAGGUCUAUGGUGUGUUAUUUACAUGCCUCACUAUCCGCGCUAUUCAUAUUGAGUUAGCUGAGAGCCUCACAACUGAUAGCACAAUAAUGGCCCUGCGAAGAAUGAUUGGCCGCAGGUCCACACCGAGCGUAAUCUGGUCCGAUAACGGGACCAACCUUCGAGGAUGUGAUGCGGAACUACGCCAGAGUAUACGGGAGCUGAACACAGAGAAGCUUCGUGAAGAUGGCCUCAGCAGAGGCAUAGAGUGGAGGUUCAUUCCACCAGGUGCGCCUGAGAUGGGCGGCGCCUGGGAGAGGAUGAUACGAACGGUAAAAACUGCCUUGAAAGUGGCCUUAAAGGAACGCGCUCCACACCGAGAGACGCUAUCAACCCUAUUGGUUGAAGUGGAAGGGCUAGUCAAUAGUCGUCCGAUCACUCACGUAUCCACGGAUCCCAACUACCCGGAAGCCCUAACUCCGAAUCAUUUUUUAAUCGGAACUUCUUCUAACGGCCCAGCUUUCGGUAAAUACGAUGACGGCGACCUCUGUCUUAGGAAACAGUGGCGUAUAGCGCAGCGUCUAGCUGAUAUGUUUUGGAGUAGGUGGAUAAAAGAGUAUCUUCCAACUCUGUUACCUAGGCAGAAAUGGCAAACUGACGAAAGAGCGUUGCGAGUUGGAGAUUAUGUUGUAUUGGUAGAUACUAAAGUAGACCGUGGUUGUUGGCGCCACGGAGUAGUGAGCGCGGCGCACGCCGGCGCCGACGGCCGCGUGCGCGUGGUGGACAUGCGCACGCGCGCCGGCGUGCUGCGCCGCCCCGCCACGCGCGUCGCCUUGCUCUCACCUAUUGAUUCGUAGUGCUGUUGACUCAUAUAAAUAUUUUAUUGUUUGUAUAAACUUAAAGUAAGAUUAAUAAGUACAUUUGUUGGUAUUCGUCAAUCAGCACUAGGGGGCGGUAUUGUAGGCGACGCAUUUAUGAUUUAAAUAAUUUUAUAAAUACUCACUGAACGUGUACAAACGUAUAACACCUGAUUGUGUCUAUUCAUUACAUGUGCUGCCAUCUAUUAUUUUUUGUGCGCAAAUAAAGGCGGCGGUAGUGGAAGCGCGCCGCGAUUUUAAUAAAAUAACUACCCUUUUUUUUAGUCCGUAACUAGCAGCAUCACCAUACGCUUGCACCGCCGUCGCAUAACCGAA